AUGUCUGCUAUUCAAUUUUCAUCCCGCGCUGCCGUUGCGCCGAAGAUUUCUUUGAAGAAAUCUUCGAAGGUUUCCGUGAGAACCGGCGUUCGCGCGCAAGCUGUCGCAGCGCGAAGGACAAACAAAGGGGAGAGGAACAUACCGCCGUACAAAAAAGGAGAAAUUCGGAGUAAUCAUCCCGCUCUUUGCGUGCGAUUCUUGGCGGCUGGUGUUUCCGCCGAUGCCAUCCAAGACUCGAUCAACUCCAUCCGAUUCUUGGCCAUCGAUGCCAUCAACAAGUCUAACUCUGGUCACCCAGGUUUGCCCAUGGGCUGCGCGCCGAUGGCGUACGUCUUGUACAGAGAAGCGAUGAACCACAACCCGAAGGACUUCACGUGGCCGAACAGAGACAGAUUUGUCUUGUCUGCCGGUCACGGUUGCAUGUUGCAAUACUCUUUGAUGCACUUGACUGGCUACCCGUCCGUCACGCACGACGACUUGAAGAACUUCAGACAAUGGGACUCCAUGACCCCGGGUCACCCGGAAAACUUUGUUACGGACGGUAUCGAAGUCACCACUGGUCCGCUCGGUAUGGGUUUUUGCAACGCCGUUGGUUUGGCGUUGUGCGAAAAGCACUUGGCGGCGAGAUUCAACAAGCCGGAUGCCACUUUGGUUGACCACUACACGUACUCCAUCAUGGGCGACGGUUGCAACAUGGAAGGUAUGUCUGGCGAAGCUGCGUCUUUGGCCGGUCACUGGGGCCUUGGCAAGUUGAUCGUCUUCUACGAUGACAACAAGAUCUCCAUCGAUGGUCACACCGACAUCUCCUUCACGGAGGAUGUCUCCGCGAGAUACGAUGCGUACGGCUGGCACACGCAACACGUCGUUGACGGUAACACCGACAUCGAUGCGAUUCGCAAGGCGAUUGAAGCCGCGAAGAAGGACCCGAGACCGUCUUUGAUCAAGGUUUCCACCUUGAUCGGUUACGGUUCACCGAACAAGGCCGACACUCACGAUGUGCACGGCGCUCCGUUGGGCAAGGACGAAACCGAAGCCACGCGUAAGAACUUGAACUGGAAGUACGGUGAAUUUGAAAUCCCAGAAGCCGUUCAAAAGGCCAUGGACUGCAGCGCCAAGGGUGCGGAAUUGCAAGCCGAAUGGAAGAAGGUCGAGUCCGCGUACGCUUCCAAGUACCCGGAAGACUACGCUGAGUACCAAUCCAUCACCACCGGUAAGUUGCCGGCUGGCUGGGCUGACUCUUUGCCGUCGUUCACGCCGGAAGACAAGGGCGUCGCGACCAGAAUUCACUCCCAAACUGCCUUGAACGCUUUGGGUGGUGCCAUUCCGGGCUUUGUUGGCGGUUCCGCCGAUCUUGCUCCGUCCAACAUGACCUUGAUGAAGCAAUUUGGUGACUUCCAAAAGGACACGCCGGCGGAACGCAAUAUCAGAUAUGGCGUCCGUGAACACGGUAUGGCGGCUAUCGCCAACGGUAUUGCGUUGUACGCGCCGGGUUUCAUCUCCUAUUGCGCGACCUUCUUUAUCUUCUCCGAUUACUGCAGAUCCGCGAUGAGAGUCGCCGCCUUGUCUGGCGCCGGCACCAUCUACGUCAUGACCCACGAUUCCAUUGGCGUCGGGGAAGACGGACCGACUCACCAGCCGAUUGAGCACUUGGCCUCUUACAGAGCCAUGCCGGGUAUGCUUAUGAUGCGUCCGGCCGAUGGUAACGAAACCAUGGGUGCGUACAAGAUCGCCGUUGAAGGUGCCGCCAACAAGAGACCGACGACUUUGGCCUUGUCCAGACAAGUUGUUCCGAACUUGGCGGGUACCACGAAAGAAGGCGUCGCAAAGGGUGCGUACGUCGUCCAAGGUGAAGCCGCCGGUAAACCGGUUGACUGCGUCUUGAUGGGUACGGGUACUGAAUUGGAGUUGGCGUGCAUUGCUGGCGAGAAGCUCGCCGCGGAAGGCAAGAAGGUUCGUGUCGUCUCCAUGCCGUGCUGGGAAUUGUUCGAAGAACAAGGUGAUGCGUACAGAGAGUCGCUCAUCCCGUCCGACUGCAAGUGCAGAGUCUCCAUCGAAGCUGCCUCCACCUUUGGCUGGGCUAAAUACGCGGUCAAAUCCAUCGGCAGAGAUGGCUUCGGCGCCUCCGCCCCGGCCCCGACUAUCUACAAAGAGUUCGGCAUCACCGCCGAUGCGAUGGUUGCCGCGGCGAAGUCCUUGAUGUAA